AUGGCCCAGCAUGAACUACACAUGUAUACCUACAAGAUGCCAGAAUAUAUGGCUGAGUUUGAGCACAGAAGCUGGCAGAUAGAUAAAGACGUGAAGUGUCCAAGACAGGGCCGCGGGAAGCGGUCACGUGAGGACCGUAUUGUCGGCAAAAUCUUUAUCAUAUACGCUGUAAGCCUGGCGGUAUUCAUAUUCGGAAUAGGAAUAGCAAUUGCAAGCCUUUUCGUUCAUAUCAAAUGGCUCGGCGUUAUUUUCUCAGCCAUAGUCUGUGUGUUAUUUAUGGUUCAUUUAGCCCUCGACACUCAGACUUUCGCCGCUGGUGCAAUGUUAAUGGCUAUCUGUGCAAGUGUGCCACCGUAUACGGUAGCUCUGGCUCUAGUCACCACCGCUGUCACUUGUUUCGCGGUCGUCGUUUUCGCUACACAAACCCUUUACGAUAUUACCAGCCCACAACCCACACAAGGUGAUAGAAGGGUGAAUGCAUGUAACCGUCCGAGCGUUUCCUUCUUCAAGAACGGAGAAGAUCUCCGAGGAGACUCCUCCCACAGGAGUGACACUUCCCGAUCCGCUGAGCAGUAG